AUUGUCAUACCCUAAGUUCCCAACUCGAAAUUUCAAGCAUUCACAUUUCAUAGGUCCAGGAUUUACUCAAUCACUCUUGUCUUAGAAACAGAAUAUGGACAUCACUUCUUUCACAUUUCUUGGUCCGGAAGAUAAUUAUUAUAAUAUCAGCAGCCCCUGGUUCCAGGAGGUUGACAACGGAUUCAAUAAAAAGCGUAAAAAGGAAGACGAAUCCUUGGGCGGGGGUGGCAAUGACAAUGGAUUCUUCAAUGAAGAAGAGUUGAAGAAGAGUGGGUAUGGAGAUAUCCUUGCCUCUUUGUUGUUAUUAGAAGAAGAAGCAAAGGAAGAGCAAGAUCAGAGGAUAACUGAAUCCCAACAAGACAAAGUUUUGUUCGAGUCCAAUCACAAAAGAAAAGUUGAAGCAAUGAAUGAAUAUUAUAAUCAGCUUCAACAGGAUUUUUCUGAAGUUGAUCAUUUGGAUAGUUUAAAUAUAAAACGAGCGAGGAAAUCAGCCUCUGCUUUGGCCGCUACUGUUGCAACAACAGCAGGGGAUGACAAUGUCAAUGUGGGCAAUGAGACGAGUAGUGGUUCGGGUCAGCAGAGGAGAUUAUGGGUGAAGGAUCGAUCAAAGGACUGGUGGGAUCGUUGUAACCAUCCGGAUUUUCCAGAGGAAGAGUUCCGAAAGGCGUUUCGGAUGAGUAAAGCUACGUUUGGAAUGAUAUGCAAGGAGUUGGAGCCUGUGGUGAUGAAAAAGAAUACCAUGUUGAGGGAUGCAAUCCCUGUUCGGCAGCGAGUGGCUGUUUGUAUUUGGAGGUUGGCUACAGGGGAGCCACUUAGGCUGGUUUCGAAACGGUUUGGCGUGGGAAUUUCAACUUGUCAUAAGCUGGUACUGGAGGUAUGUUCAGCUAUAAAAACCGUUUUGAUGCCCAAGUUUCUUCAAUGGCCUGAUGAAAACAAAAUGAAAGAAAAUAAGGAAGCAUUCGCGUCAAUGUCAGGGGUUCCUAAUGUAGGAGGUUCAAUGUACACAACUCAUGUGCCAAUUAUAGCACCUAAGGUUAACGUAGCAGCAUAUUUCAAUAGAAGGCAUACGGAGAGGAAUCAGAAGCCUUCUUACUCGAUUACAGUCCAAGGGGUAGUCGAUCAGAAAGGGAUUUUUACAGAUGUAUGUAUUGGAUGGCCUGGUUCAAUGCAUGAUGAUCAGGUGUUGGAGAAGUCGGCUUUGUACCAGAGGGCUAAUAAAGGGUGUUUGAAGGAUGUUUCAAUUGUUGGGAAUUCCGGGUACCCUUUGAUGGAUUGGGCUUUGGUUCCUUACACCCACCAGAAUUUGACUUGGGCUCAGCAUGGUUUCAAUGAAAAAAUUGGUGGGAUUCAAAACGUUGCUAAGGAGGCAUUUACGAGAUUAAAAGGGAGGUGGUCUUGCUUGCAUAAGAGAACUGAAGUAAAGCUCCAGGAGUUGCCAAUCGUGAUUGGGGCUUGCUGUGUUUUGCAUAACAUUUGUCAGAUGAGCAGUGAGGAGAUGGAACCUGAACUACAGUUUCAGCUUUUUGAUGAUGAGAUGAUACCUGAGAAUAACUUGAGGUCUGCGAAUGCUGUGCUUGCCAGGGAUCACAUUGCACACAACCUGUUACACCAUAGCCUUGGAGGAACUGGUUUUCUCUAGUGUUUUGAGAAUCAUGUCAGCU